AAAUUAUAAAUAAAAGGAGCCGUACUGAUACACUAUCCUGUUCUUAAAGAUACCUCAAGAUUUUCUUCACUGCACUGGUCCUUUUCUUCCUCUCCGCCUCUUUUUCAAACCAGAAAUAUUCAAUCCAUUUUGCUUUCUUUAAAGGCGGAAUCUUUAAGGGAAAGGCAGUCGAAGACUUUAGUAAGAGAGAGAAAAAAAAAAAUGCAGAGCUUCAAGGCAGCUUUGGCUAACCACCUCCAACUCCAUUGCCAUUCUUCCUUCAAUCUACGAGGAGAUGGAAGUGGGCGAGACCAGACACGUUUUACGGAUCUCGGAGAACUUGAACACUCCGCCGCUGCCUUUCAUCACAACGAACCUGUUGAUUUGAGCCCAGUCAGUUUCGCCGUUCUUCCUAAUAACCUACACUACGGGACCUUGGACACGAGCAUUGGCUGUGUGGACACAGGACAACAAUUCAUGUAUCAGAAGGGGACAACCACGAUUGGGGCAACGCUGGGCAACGGGCAGCAUAUUGAGAACUGGGGCGAGUCAGGCAUGGCUGCAGACACCAGCCAACAGACUGACACUUCUACAGAUAUUGACACGGAUGAUAAAAACAAAUUUCUUGGAGUCCAUAAUGGAUCACUCAUGGUUGUAGAUUCAGUGGAUCAAUCUAAGGCAAAAGCUGCUGAUCAAAAGACACUUAGAAGGCUGGCUCAGAAUCGAGAAGCUGCAAGGAAGAGCCGUUUGAGGAAGAAAGCAUAUGUCCAGCAGCUGGAGAAUAGUCGACUCAGGCUCGCACAGCUAGAGCAAGAGCUUCAGCGAACACGCCAACAGGGUGCUUUUAGUGCAACUGGAUAUUCAGGAGAUCAUAUUCAUUCAAUAAAUGGGAAUGGAUCCUUAGCAUUUGACAUGGACUAUGCACGAUGGCUUGAUGAGCAUAAUCGGUUGAUCAAUGAUCUUAGAUUGGCUCUGAAUUCUCAUAUGGGAGAUAAUGAAUUGGACGUUCUUGUUGAUGGCGUAAUGGUGCAUUAUGAUGAGAUUUUCAGGCUAAAGAGCAUUGGUGCAAAGGCUGAUGUAUUUCACAUGCUUUCUGGCAUGUGGAAGACACCUGCCGAGAGGUGUUUCAUGUGGUUGGGAGGAUUCCGUUCAUCUGAACUUCUCAAGAUACUUGGGAAUCACCUUGAACCUUUGACGGAACAGCAGUUGAUGGGCAUAUGUAAUUUGCAGCAAUCCUCCCAACAGGCUGAAGAUGCCUUAUCUCAAGGGAUGGAAGCUUUGCAACAAUCUCUAGUAGAGACACUCUCUUCAACCUCUCUGGGCUCUUGUGGUUCUGGAAAUGUAGCAGAUUACAUGGGGCAGAUGGCUAUUGCUAUGGGCAAACUUGCAACACUCGAGAAUUUCCUACACCAAGCUGAUCUUCUGAGACAACAAACUCUGCAACAAAUGCAUCGAAUUUUAACGACUCGUCAAGCUGCUUGUGCACUACUUGUUAUCAGUGACUACAUCUCGCGUGUCCGGGCGCUCAGUUCAUUAUGGUUAGCACGCCCCAGGGAAUGACAUUGUUUCCACAAAAGCAUGCUUUUGAAAUUCAUUGAUGCUUCUCACAUCAUUAAUUGGAUAUAUACGUGCCAUCAGUUAGGAGCCCUUCCAAAAGUUUUGGGACUAUGAAGAAGGAGAACGACAUGUUUGAGACUAUUGACUGCCAAGAAAUCCCUUCUUGCUGCUGCUGUUUGACAGAUGAGGUUCAACUCUUGGCUCUUUUAGAUGUUUAAUCACACCUUUGUACAUCGAGUAGCGGCUGACCGGUGGUUGUCUUCAACUCUGUCACUAAUUAAGCAUUGUCGUCGAUGGAUACUGACUAACCACCUAAUAAUGCAAUGGUAUUCUUGUCUUGCAA